CAUCACCUAAAUCUGGCGUUAAAUAAAUUUGCAAUCUCCCGGACCAGUGAUUUAGAAUCCUUACAAUAUAGUUUUCAUCCAUGAAACCACUGUCGACAAUACAUGUCACAUCGUCUCGCUUCAGUGUCGAGACGAAUCAUGCCUAGUGCUAAUGAAUAAACAAAGUCAUACAGACAAAGUUGCUCUUGUGGAACCAGGGUCAAGGGUAAGAAAAUGACAAACAAAUGCUUUGCAAUUACCAAGUUAAUUGCCUUUGUCGUUUCGUCGGCCAGGAAAAACAGCCACGUUGAAAAGAUUUCCCCACUUGAAAUUCCCUUCCUAGUCUCUCCAUAUCCUCCUGUUACCCCCUUGCAGCAUCCAGAGAGUUUCGACAGACAUGGGGGGGCUAUGCUAACGGCAUGGGCUUCUUAUGGCAUACGCUUUGUAUUUAUUAUGGCUUUACCGUACCAAUGGUCAUGUCCCCAUUCUCCCAAAAGCUCGAUCGAUAGCACUGAAGGCAUGCGAUUCGGAGCUAGCCCGUAUGCACGGUGGUAUAGCAGGCUAGUGUCAGCUGUAGAGCCCAAAACUGGACUGACCUAUUCGAUAUCUAUAUAGACUAAA